ACUUGGUUAGCGUUGCCUUGCCGGGAUUGUAACGAUUUUUAAAAUGGUUCCUUCUUUGUACAAUAAUGGCCGUUUCGCCUGGAAGUAGAUGCUGGAUCCUGCAGUGUUUCAGCUCCCGGUGGCUGGGUAGGACGUGGACUAUGUCACUGAACAUCCCCAGCACAGUCCGUUUCUUAUGAAGCUGAGCCAUGAGACUGUGACCAUUGAGCUGAAAAAUGGGACGCAGGUGCAUGGAACGAUCACAGGAGUGGAUGUCAGUAUGAACACGCAUCUCAAAGCAGUGAAAAUGACACUGAAGAACAGAGAGCCCGUACAGCUGGAGACACUGAGCAUUCGAGGGAACAACAUCCGCUACUUCAUUCUGCCGGACAGUUUGCCUCUGGAUACUUUGCUAGUUGAUGUUGAACCAAAAGUCAAAUCCAAGAAAAGAGAAGCAGUUGCUGGAAGAGGCCGUGGACGAGGCCGUGGCAGAGGCCGAGGUCGUGGAAGAGGAAGAGGAGGCCCAAGGCGAUAACUUCUCAUCGUACAACUCCUACCAAAUUCUGGGCAAUUUCGGCUGUUUUUUGUACAGGUCUUGUUUAUGGUAUCCGUUUUUAAUAAAUUGAAAUGUGAAAAGGUGUCUUUCCUUUGUUAGCAAAGCCUGGGAAGGGAGGCGGAUAUGUCCUGUUUCUAGGGUUGUUGCAGACUACACGGAUCUUGGUUGUCACUGUUGAGAUUUUGCCCACUCUUUGGAGGCUGUACAAUUCCUCUUGCUUUUUGCCCCUGAAUGAGAGACUUGUGUUGUGCUUUAACAAUGUUUGAAAUUAAUCCCUCUUUUCUAAGGCACUUGCUGUCUUUGAAUGGUUCCAUAGUUAAGACACUGUAUUAAGAACCCCUGUCCCAUGAAUGUCUCUAAUACUGUUCUUCAGAGCAACCUUUUUUAAAGUUCAUAGAUAUAAUUUUAAUGUUUUCUAUUACACGAAGCUUGCAAUUUAAACAUAUUGCUUUCUUUAUAAAACAUUUACACAAGGAAAAUUAACCAGGUCUGUGGAACUGCUGGAUUGUUACAUCUGACGAUUAAAGAAUACCUGGAUAUGAA